CAGGAGGAAGCCGUGUGCGCCGCCGCAAGGAGCGACCGACGCACAGCAACACGACCGGCGGGCGCGCUGCGGUGCUGCUGCUGCUGCUGCUGCUGCUGGUGCUGGUGGUGCUGGUGGUGCUGGUCGGACACCGGAUCCUCUGUCGACCAGAGACGGCUGGCUCUGUCCCGGAGCUCGGUGUCGGAGAGUGAAUGAGGUUGAUGCUGCUUUGUUGCACCUGGAAGGACGAACGCAUGGGAGAGGAGGAAGCGGGGGGGAGUUUGCCCGUGUGUGCGGGGUGCAGACAGAGGAUCUACGAUGAGCAGUACCUGCAGGCCCUCAACAAUGACUGGCACACGACCUGCUUCAGGUGCUGUGAGUGCAGCGCCUCACUGUCCCACUGGUACUAUGAAAAAGAUGGACGGCUCUUCUGCAAGACCGACUACUGGGCCAAGUUCGGGGAGCUGUGCCACGGCUGCAACGACCCCAUCACCACUGGCCUCAUCAUGGUUGCAGGAGAACAGAAAUAUCACCCAGAAUGCUUCACCUGCCUGAACUGCAGGACGUUCAUCGGUGAUGGGGACACAUACGCUCUGGUGGAGAGAUCCAAACUCUACUGUGGCCACUGUUACUACCAGACCAUUGUCACCCCGGUGUCCUUGCCGGACUCACCAUGCUCGCGGAUCCCCCACACCGUCACGCUGGUGUCCAUCCCAGCGUCCACCGAGGGCAACAGCGGGCGCCGAGGCCGCGGCUUCUCGGUGGCCAUCGACCAGCCCCUCAGCCCCACCGACCGCUGCAGCCCGGACGGACCCACCGUCAGAGUCUCCCAGGUGGACACAGACUGCAUCAGUCCAGAUGUGAAAAAUUCCAUUCAUGUUGGAGACAGGAUCCUGGAAAUCAACGGGACGCCUAUUCACAACGUUCCUCUGGACGAGAUUGAUCUGCUGAUUCAGGAGACGAGCCGACUGCUCCAGCUCACCAUCGAACACGACCCUCACAUUCAGGGGGGAGAGGGAGGCUCCUCUGAGCCUGAAGACCAGGUGGACGGCCCCCUGUCCCCCCCUCUGUCAGAGGGUCCCAGCCCCAUUCUGCCCAUCACCCAGCCUCCUAAUCCCGACCUCAGCAACCUGAGGUCCCGCAUUAUCACACGGAGCUACAGCAUCGAUAAGUCUCCAGGCUCCAGCAACACAGCGUCCCCCAUCUCCCAGAGGAAGGACAUCAAUCGAUCGGAGUCGCUCAGAGUCGUGUCAAAUCGCACUCACCGCAUCUUCCGCCCGUCUGACCUGAUCCACGGAGAGGUGCUGGGGAAGGGCUGCUUUGGACAGGCCAUUAAGGUGACCCACAAGGAGACAGGGGAGGUGAUGGUGAUGAAAGAGUUAAUCCGCUUUGACGAUGAGACACAGAAAACAUUCCUGAAAGAGGUGAAGGUCAUGCGUUGCCUGGAUCACCCCAACGUGCUCAAAUUCAUUGGCGUCCUGUACAAAGACAAGAGGCUCAACUUCAUCGCCGAGUACAUAAAGGGAGGCACUUUGAGGGAAAUCAUCAAGAAAAUGGACAGUAACUAUCCCUGGAACCAGCGGGUCAGUUUUGGCAAGGACAUCGCUGCUGGGAUGUCUUAUCUGCAUUCCAUGAACAUAAUCCACCGAGACCUGAACUCUCACAACUGUCUCGUCAGAGAGGACAACACAGUGGUGGUGGCAGACUUUGGGCUGGCGCGGCUCAUGAUCGACGACAAGCACGCGGACGCGCUGACCCAGGGCAAGCUGCCCGGCCUGAAGAAGCCGGACCGCAGGAAGAGGUACACCGUGGUGGGAAACCCCUACUGGAUGGCCCCAGAGAUGAUCCACGGGAAAAGUUACGAUGAACGAGUGGACAUCUUUUCCUUUGGGAUCAUGCUCUGCGAGAUAAUUGGCAGGGUGAACGCGGACCCGGACUACCUCCCUAGGGCGACGGACUUUGGUCUGAAUGUGUCAGGCUUCCUGGAGCACUACUGCCCCCCAGAUUGCCCGCCCGCCUUCUUCCCUAUGGCUGCUGUGUGCUGCGACCUCGAUGCAGACAAACGCCCUGCGUUCUCCAAGCUGGAGCAGUGGCUCGAGAACCUGAAGAUGCACCUGGACAUCGGCCUGCCGCUCGUGUCCGAGGUGGACCAGCUGCACAAGGCCUUCUGGGAGCACCACGACGUCCCGCGCCCCGAAAACGGCCUGCACACCCACCCUGAGCAGCCGGAGCAGGACUAGACGCGACGGGAGGCGCGGGAAAUCACUCCCACGGGAGCUGCGACCGUGCAGCGGGCUCAGGCUGGUCUAAGCGCAAUGAACAGACUCAGGGGGAAGAUGUGGCUCUGAAAGGCCGCCUGUGCAAAAUGCACGCCCACAUUCGAAUCAGUCCAGUCCCGAUGGUACCGUGAUAGAUUCAUUCUGCUGCACCCGUGGUGGAACAUGUCAUAUGCAAUCAGAUGUAACUUUCGAAUCAUGACUCAGCGUGUGAAUCGUAGAUUUAGCACUAGCCGCCACACCCUUCAGAAUACUUCCUGUCCUCGCUGUAGUGUGAAUAUUCAUGCGGAUCAAUUAGUCCAAAAGACUGGCAACCUUCGACCUAAGAACCCGGGCCUCUGCAGGUCGCACGGCGUUUGCAGGUGCUUCUGUGUGAGUGUGCUUUUGUUUCGGCGCUCGAACCUGAACCUGCUAAAUGCAAAUGAGACGGGCUCGCGUGCCGCUGGAUAUACAGGGGUUGAGAUUCGCUCGCUUAUUUCAGUCAAACAGGACAUUUCAAGCUUUGAACAGCUCACUGAAACGUGCAUGAAAUGCCGUGAGGUCACGUCCUGGUUCAUUGUGCAUCUCUGGCCUUUUUAGCGUAUUUCAUCCAUAUUGACGUGGCUUCUUAAGCUUUGAAACUCAGACUAGUGUACAUAGCUGGCGACAUUGUAAAUGUUUUAAAUAAUGUAAAUGUACAGACAUAUUUUAUAUACGUAUGCUACAUUGCCAUAUUUUUAUUGGCCGACCAGUUGAAAUGAGCGGGAGAGGAGGUUUGACUGCGGUUUAAUGGGCACAGGUGAAAGUUUUCUUAUUUUUUCUACAUGGUCGCUGCUGUGGCAGGUUAGGGGCUUUUAGCAUUUAACAAAUUAGGACUCUUGUCGCCAUAAAGCAUCUCUAAAUAUCAAUUAGAACCUAUCGUGUCCCGUCAUCAAAAGGUGUUCAAGCCUUAUGGUCGUCUUGUUCCUUGAUGUAAAUGUGUAAAGCUGAUUUGAAGAAACUGGAUUGUCUGAACAGCUCAGAAUUCAGAACGGGGUUAUUGCCUUGUGAAUCUGAAAAAUCAACUUUGGAGGUCAAUGCGUCUGUUAGUCAUUCACUCUUAUCUCAUGUACUGUACUCUUGUUCAGGUUGGAGGGCGAUAUCUCCAGGUACUGCCUCAUCGUGUUUGUCCACACAUCUGUCUCUCCCCCCGUGGACGGCCCACUGGUUGUUUACAUGUCAACGCUAGCUGUAAAUAUCACUGUCUCUCCGCUGUCCGCUCACGCGUCCGCCUUCUCUCGCGACAUUUACAUCUCUGUCUUCGUUUCCUGCGGUUGUUCUCACGAGCUGCAUGAUGUCCCAGCUUUUAAAUCGAGCUGUUUUGCCUCUAAAUAUUAUUAGUUUAAAUAAGAAAAGAAAAGAAAAGAAAGAAAGAUUUUAAAAAAGCCAUGGUAAAAUAAAAAAACACUGUUUUCACUGAAAUCUGUUUUCUAUAGAUUUUAGUCCUUUACUUUGCACUAUCUUACCAAAUGGCUGUUUUGAAGCCAUUUUUGUUAACUUCCUUUCUUGGGCUACUUGUGAUAAGGAAAUAAUGUCAGUUCAGGUUGAUACACGAAUGCAAGACACUGAUAGAGCCUUUCAACUGUAAAGGGUUAUGGGAGGUUCAACCUCUUGAUAGCAAAAUCCUCAUCAAUCAUGGUGAGAACCUUCUGUUACGUGGUUGUGCAUGGUUCAACUGUUCGACUCCUUAAAGUAAAGCACUGCUGUCACGAUACUGUUAAUAACUUUAUUUUGCUACCAAGAGGAUGUGAAGUCCCAGCUCUUGCCUGCUGCCUACAGACUGGUCCUUUGUGAAAGAUGUCCUGUGUUGCUUCCCACCGCUUGGUUUCACAUGCGAUGCCCGCAGAGGCAGUGCCCAUGUUGAUAACAGAGCGCUGAAAUUGGCUUGUUUCACCUCUAACCUUCACAUCAUACUCUUUUGGCUCAGGGCUGUAAUUUACCGAAGCUUGGUUCACAAUUCACAUAAUCGCAGCCUAAAAGGAAAGCUCGACUACUCAGCAGUGACCGUGACGCUCCGAGAUGUGGGCUUCUGUCAGUGUGUAAGCUGGUGAUUCAGAGUAUGCUUUAUCUAAACAGGCCCCUGGUGGAUGUUUGCCUGUGGGCAUGUACUGCACAUGGGUUUCCGUCUCCAUUGCUUUCUGAGCCAUGUCGAGCAUGUUACGUGUGUCUGUGAGGACGCGUCGAUGAUCAACGAGAAUGUUUCCGCAGCACUUCUUUGCAAAGGAUCGUUACCUCUGAACAAUGCUGUGCCUUUGUUGUAAGCUAGCCUUGCCAACGACUCGAAAUACGUGAACUGAUUUCCUUUUUUAUGUAUCAUAAGUGCAAGCCUGAUUCAAGUGGAUUGAACAUCAUUGCUGAUACUAUGUUGUAUGAGAUUUCAUCGUCUUCUCUAUUAUAUUUAUAUCUCCAUCGUCAGUUUUGAUAUUUUAAUAUACUUUUUUGUCUUAUUUAAUUUUUUACACAAACUGUGAAAACGAUUCUGCACUUUAAUCUUGAACAUGAACAUCUAGAUUUUGAGGAGGCAACUGCCCCCCCCCCUUUUUUGUCACAGCUAAAAAUAAAACUGUUGCUCCUAAAACUAA